AUGCCUGGAAGAUUAUUUAAUCCACAACAUUUACAUUUCCCAUUGUUGGCUUUAUCCAUUGGUCUAUUGAGUUAUGCAUUGAUUACAGCCGAUUGGCCAUGUGGAAAUUUAUAUACACAAUGUUUUAAAACUAUUCCAAUCCUAAUUGUCAUCAUAUUAUUAUCUGCUGGUGUCGGUGGAUUAGGGCUGAUAUUUUUUUGUGAUCUAGUUGGUGCAUGCAGUAGUAAAUGGAUACCUGGACCAGUGUGUACUACAAUCAAAUUAAUGAUUUUAUUUAUAUCAGCUAGUGCUGUAUUAACAGGUAAUUUAUUGUAUACUUAUUGGAAAUUACCUUAUUGGUCAUAUACUUUAUCAUUAAUUGGUAGUGUCACUGCAUCACAAGUUGUCAUAUUAGCUAUAUUGAAUAGUCGGUGUUUAGCAUCGAAACUUUAA